AUGGCGAUGGAUCCCUUAAGCAGGAUGCUUAACUUCAUGUUUCCUAAACUCCAAAUUAGUCGGGAAAAUCCCAAUAUGUUGACAUAUUCCACAAAUCAUUUCUUUUUUAUUGACAAUUUGAAAAUAGUUCCUCUCAAAAAAGAUGUGAUAGUCAACAUGAUGGAGACUGUUAAUGGAUUCUUUGAAUGUGUUGGCUUAGAAAUGAAUUCCGAAAAAUCAGCAUUUAAUGUGGGAUCAUUAUCAUGCUGUGAGACUGUGGAUGGAAUCCACGGAUAUCGGUACUUGAUCAAUAUCGAACCACACGAAUUUGACAAAAUUGAACAACAAAUACGCCGAUUGCUUAAGACUCUCAAGUUACAUCUCCAGCCUGCAAAUAAUGAGAGGUUGUAUUUAGAUCGCAAACGCUUGGAAGAAGAUUUGCUUUCAUUUCUUUCAAAAGCGAAUUAA